CAAUGUGUGCACUGACUCAAAUAUGUACAAUGAAGGCUACUGUUUCCAGUAAGGGGAAUAUAUGAUUAAUUUAAUCUGGCUUUCACACUGGCAUCAUUAUGGCCACUAAUAUAUAGCGUGGUGUAAUCAGAAGGCAAAAGGGUGUGCUCCACAGCAACAAGACUCCUCCUUUCUCAAUCCUUUUCUUUUUGUGCAAGAGCAAUGGAUGUUGCAACUUCAAUUCUUCCAGCUUUUCAAGCGAUGCCCUAUGCCACUCCUGCUGCCGUGGGUGGCCUGGUCUUUGCAGUGUUCUUCAUCAACAAGUUCAUCUCCAAUCAAAAGAAAGGAAACCCCAACCUCCUUCCUUUACCAGUGGUGCCAGGAUGGCCAGUCAUAGGGAAUUUGCUGCAACUGAAGGAGAAGAAACCACACAAGACGUUCUUAAGGUGGGCUGAGGCUUAUGGGCCAAUCUAUUCCAUAAAGACCGGUGCUUCUACUGUGAUUGUUCUCAAUUCAACUGAAGUUGCAAAGGAGGCCAUGGUGACUAGAUAUUCGUCCAUAUCAACAAGAAAACUAUCAAAGGCCUUGGAAGUUCUUACAGAUAAUAAAUCUAUGGUUGCAACAAGUGAUUAUGGCGACUUUCACAAGAUGGUGAAGCGGUAUUUACUUACAAAUGUACUCGGAGCUGGUGCUCAGAGACGACACCGGGGUCACAGGGAUACCUUGGUAGAAAAUGUUUCAAGUCAAUUGCUUGAUCAUAUAAAGACCAAUCCUCAAUUACAAGCUGUGGAUUUCAGGGAAAUAUUUGAGUCUGAACUUUUUGGAUUGUCAAUGAAAGAAGCUUUAGGAAAAGAUAUGGAAUCUCUAUAUGUAGAUGAACUUCAGGCCACUUUAUCAAGAGAGGAGAUUUUCAAUGUUCUGGUGCUUGAUCCUAUGGAGGGUGCAAUUGAUGUUGACUGGAGAGAUUUCUUUCCAUAUUUGAGAUGGAUUCCUAAUAAGGGUUUUGAAAUGAAAAUCGAGCGAAUGAAUUUUCGCAGGCAAUCGGUGAUGAAUGCCCUUGUGCAGGAGCAGAAGAAACGAAUUGCAUCUGGAGAGGAAAUAAAUUGUUAUAUUGACUACUUAUUAUCGGAAGGCAAAACUACACUUACGGAGAAGCAAAUUGGUAUGCUGGUUUGGGAGACAAUUAUUGAGACAUCAGAUACAACUAUGGUCACUACAGAAUGGGCCAUGUAUGAACUAGCGAAGAACCCAAAAUGCCAGGAUCGGCUCUAUCAUGAAAUCCAAAAUGUCUGUGGGUCUGAGAAGCUUAAAGAGGAACACCUGUCCCAACUGCCAUACUUAAAUGCUGUUUUCCAUGAAACUAUUAGAAAGUACAGUCCUGCUCCUAUUAUACCUUUGAGAUAUGCUCAUGAAGAUACACAGAUAGGGGGCUACUAUGUUCCAGCUGGAAGUGAGAUCGCUAUUAACAUUUAUGGAUGUAACAUGGACAAGAAGCGUUGGGAAAACCCUGAAGAGUGGAAGCCUGAGAGAUUCCUUGACGGCAAAUAUGAUCCCAUGGACUUGCACAAGACAAUGGCAUUUGGAGCAGGAAAGAGGUCAUGCGCAGGUGCUCUUCAAGCGUCCUUGAUAGCAUCUGCCACGAUUGGCAAGGUAGCACAAGAAUUUGAAUGGAGACUUAAAGAUGGAGAGGAAGAACAUGUUGAUACUGUUGGACUCACCACUCGCAAGCUUCAGCCGCUGCAUGUCAUGAUAAAAACAAGAAAUGUGUAGGGACUUGGGAGAAUUGAAGCCCUUCAGUUCACUCCUUUUUGCUUUAUGUGCUAGUGCGUGAAAAAUACCUGUGGACUACUUGAAGCGUGUUUGUAACAUCUCACAAUCGUUGGCGUAUCCUAUAAUGCUAGUAAGAAUAAAAAGAUCUCUUUUUUCAUUUUCUUUUUAAUGUAGCUUGUGGAGCUGAAUGUAACAUCAUAUGACGAUGCAGUAAAAUAUUUUGCUUCUAAACA